GCGAAAAGCUUAUUCGCAGCACCGACCAAACGCCGAUGAGCAAUGCCGAUAAACUGUUGUAAACAUGACAGGCAAAGGAGAAGAUGAAGGAACUGCCGCUAAUGUUAUCAAACAAAUCAAUGCCAAAAAUGCCAAAAUUGUUGCUUGUCUUGUGGUUAUUGGUUUUUGCUUCUAUCACGGCAUCCUUCACGUCCGUUAUGGUAUUGACUCCUGUAAGUGGCUAUUAAGUGAUGGGCGUUACAAAGGAAACAUGGAGUGGCAACCUUAUGGGUGCAUGAUGCAUCAGUAUUCUCUCAAAGACACUCGUAGAUGUUUCCGCUACCUAACAUUUUUGGGUAAAAGAAAUCACUUUGCUUUUAUUGGAGAUACCCAAGUGCAGCUCCAUUACAGAGCGCUGCUACACCAAUUGGCAGGACACAAGCAGUCUGAGGCUUCAUUCUGGGCAAAUGCCAAGUCUAAUCAAACAUUAGAUGCCUUGCCUCAGAGUGAUCACGCCUUUCAUGAUUCCCUGCUGGGUUUACACUUAGAAUAUUUGUGGCAACCCUUUCUCACUGACAAUAUGACAAACCGAGUUAGGAGUUGGAUGGAGAAAGGUGGCCCGAGCGUCAUUGUGAUUGGUAUGGGCUCAUGGGCCAUUAAAAGCCCCGAUAACUUCGAACAUUCCAUUAAUGAGUUCACUGUCAACUUAACUAGAUUUGCUAAGACUGUUUUACCAAAAGGUGAGCACAAAUCCAUAGUACUGUGGGUCCCAAUUCCACCUAUAAAAGAAUCUAAGCAACUUCUUACCCCUGAUGAUCCAUUUAACAAUGAACACAUUGACCUUUUCAACAAAGCUGCUAUAGAGGUCUUGGAACAUAGUGGAGCUCAAGUCUGGUGGAGCUCAAGACUGCUUUCUCAGGGGCGGAUUGACGAAAGCUUUGGGGAAGCAUACCCUGGCUAUCGAGCCCUUUCUUUGAAUACUCAAAUACUGCUUAAUGCAUAUUGCAAUGAUCAUAUGAAUUUUAAUGAUGGCACAUGCUGUUGGAGUGCAGAGCCUUACACAUAUUUGCAAGUUGCUACUUAUGCCUCUUUUGCUGUAUGCAUUGUUAUUGCAUUUACAAUGGUGCUGUACAGAAUUUCCAAAGGCAGUUAUCAUCAAACGCAUGUAAAGUACACUCCAUUGCCUAAAAGUUUUGAAAUGGGAGGAAACGAAACUGUCGAAUGCAAACCGGAUGCCAGCCUUGACAUACUCCCCUUGCUAUUUGCUUUAUCAAAGCUUGGCCUCAUCAUGAUUUUUUUCUACGUUUGUGACAGAACUAGUUUUUUUAUGAAAGAAAACAAAUAUUAUUCUCCGCUCAGUUUCUGGCUUCCAUUGGCGUAUAUGGUUGUUCUAGGACUGUUUUUCACAGAGGACAGUCGAUACACUAAAGUCCUUCACCGGGAACAGACGGAUGAAUGGAAAGUGCAGUUUUGUCUUUGCCCAAGAACUUCUCAAAAUGUUCUUUUCCCAGGAUGGAUGCAGCUUGCUGUACUAAUUUAUCAAAUGACUGAUGCGAGUGGUAUUUUGCCUAUAUACAUGCAUGCCCGAGUACUUGUGUCUGCAUAUCUAUUCUUGUCAGGGUAUGGACACUUUAGCUAUUUUUGGCAGCGUGGUGAAGCUGGCAUUGUUCGCUUUUUCCAGAUUAUAUUCCGUUUGAACUUCCUGACAGUUGUCCUUUGCUUGGCUAUGAAUCGACCCUACCAGUUUUAUCACUUUAUUCCCCUCAUUUCCUGGUGGGUCUUUGCAGUGUUCCUCUUUUUAUCAUUCCCACCUAGAGUGAGUGCAAUGUCCUCAGACGGAAAUCCUCUCCAGUUCUUGACUCUGGUUUUAAAAUUUGUCGGUUUCAUUAGUAUUAUCACUAUUCUGUACAUGUCUGAGGUAUUUUUUGAGAAAGUCUUUGUGACUAGACCUUGGAAAGCGUUGUUUGUUACCACUGAUGAUGAUAUCCAUGAAUGGUGGUUUAGGUGGAAACUGAAUAGAUACAGUGUUUCCUAUGGCAUGAUUUAUGCUGUUGGUUUGUUCCUGGCUCAGAGGCAUCAAUUGCUUGACGAUAGAAAUCACAGUAACCUCCUGUCUCCCCGUCUUUCGUUUUUUGCUGCCCUUAUGUCACUUUGUGGGAUUGGUGGCUAUCUAGGGUUUUCAAUCCUCUGUCGAAAUCGUCAAGAGUGCAAUGAAGUUCAUCCCUACAUUGUUUUCAUUCCUAUUAUCAGCUACAUAGCUUUGCGUAACAUAUCAGGAAUUUUACGCACACGUUAUUCUACAUUUUUUGCUUGGUUUGGCAAAAUAUCAUUAGAAUUAAGUGUAUGUCAGUACCAUAUCUGGCUUGCUGCUGAUGCCAAUGGUGUCUUGGUGUUAGUUCCUGGAUCCCCAGCACUAAAUGCCAUUGUGACAUCUUUCAUUUUUGUGUGUGUUGCCCAUGAGGCCCAUGAAAUUACAAAAGUGUUGUUGCCAUAUGUUGUUCCAUCGGACUGGCGCAAGGUUUUGAGAAAUGCUGUUGUGUUUACUCUUGUGUUAAUACCCAUUGGUAUUCAUGAUGGAAUGUUCUGAAGCUGCAUCUUUGUAACUUAAUUCCCCCUUCAGUUUAUCUUUUAGUAGGGUUUGAUUGAACCUGUUGGUAUACAUUGUGAAGUGUCAUAUUAAGAAAUUGGUUUGUGCUUUUAAAAGCCUUGGGACACCUGAAUUUGCUUGCUCACCCUUCAUUAGAGUUGAUUAUUUAUGUUUCUUUCCCUUGAAAUCAACAUAUUUGGGAAUUUUGUCUCUUAUUCAAUCCUAGAGUAUGGUAAUCAUAUUUAUGUCCUCAAUGGUGAAUAAAGUUUACUAUUGAUAAGAUUUGAUCAAAGUUUUUCUUUUACAGCAUAGUCAUUUACUUGUCUUUACUUUGCAUUGAUUUGUAAAGAUAAAAGCAUAGAUCUCAAGUUUCGGAGGCAAUUGUGAUUCUUAAAGGUGUGUUAUUGUGGUUUUCUAUAAAUUAUUUAAUGGGACCAACUUGCUCACAAGAAUUUUAUUUGGUAACUUGUUUAUAUCGUUUUUAUGGAGUGUCACUCUUUUCUUCUUGUUGUGAUGGAUUUUUAUUUAAGCACCUGUAGUUUGGUUUGUAGCACUUUGCUUCAGCUUUAUGAAAACUCAAUGUCUAUUGUACACAAGUAAGCCCAUGUUAAGACCUCUUAAAGUCUAGUAUCUUAAACCAUAACACAUAAAUAUUGUAGGAGCCGUUUUUUUUUUUUUUCAAGAGACCCUGCAUUGAACUUCUUCUGUUUCUUUUUUCCCUCAACCCACUUCGCUCCUUAUUUCAUCAAUUACCUGAUAUUUUUAUGGCAUUGUUGAUUAAGUGGAUUAUGUGCAAUAGUCAUUAGAGUGUUUUAGGCAAUGCAAAAUGAGAAACAUUUUGAUUAAAAAGUCAAAUUUUUAUAGCUUUGUGCCAUUACUGUGUAAAUUCAUUUUAGUCAAAGACUAACCAAAAUAUAGUCACUACUUCUAGUGUUCUGUGAUUAGCGUUAAUGAAGUGUCUAGAAAUAAGAAAAGGUUAUCCCUUAUUAGUGCACUUAUUAGUGCACUGUUAGUGCACUAUUAGUUUCUUAAUUGUAAAACUUUUUGCCCUUGUCAGUUCACUAGCCUCAAUCAAAUAAUCAACCAUAUUGGGUGGACGGGCAUUGUAUUUGUGCCAGAGAUUUUAGAAGAGGAAUAUCAACUCUCUUUUGUCGAAGUUGAGGUAAUGAAACUUACGUCUGUGAUGUAGUACGAUGUUUAGUGACAAUUCCUGAAUUAAUAUGAAUAUGACAUGUCUUUACUCUAUGAUAAAUUGUUAUUCCAUUGCUUUCCCAUGUCAACAGAUUUAGUUGAUUAUACUGCCCUGUACAUUCCAAAGGGCAUUUAGAAGCAAUUAGUCCUCCUGUAGUAUGAGCACUGUAGUUGUGAUGAAACAAACAUAAGUACAUUUUUUACUUGUAUACCAGUAAUGAUUUUUCCUUGAGUGUAUCUGUUAUAAUAUUCAUGGGUUGUGAUUCAAUCUCAUGUAUUGACACUCUUCUCUACACAGUCGUAUUCCUGUUUCCUAGUCAGCAACGACGCCCCUGUUGUUAAAAUGUUUCUGUUUUGGUGAGAGCCAGCAGUUCAUUAAAUCCAAGAAUUUGCUGGCGAAACCUUUGAUUUGUUGGGGCCAUCCAGUGGAAGCUGUAUUUUCGUACCUUCUUUGUGAGUGCUUGUUGAAACAAUUGCUAUCAAUUUGUGUAUGUCCAAGAUUCAAAAUAUGUUGAAAGUGAUUGCUUUCACUUUUCUCCACUUACUUGUUCCUUAUGACCUCAUUGACUCGUUUCUUAAACAUAAUUAUUUUAUUUAACUUUGGUCUCGUGUUUGCCAGGAACCUUUGAGUUUCUUGUAAAAACAAUCAUUUGUUGGGAAUUGAUUAGGAUUCCACAAAAAUGGUGAUGCAGAAAAAAAUCAAUCCUUAAAAUGUAUCCUCCUCCAAAAGCAAAAAUGAAUGAACCCAAACACAGCUCGCUUAGGAUGACCCCAACGAAUUGUAGGUUUUACAGACGAAUGCUCGGAUUCACUGGACUGUGGGCUUCGGACUCUCACCACAACAUUCUUACAUACUGCUUUUUCCUAUAUGUCUAGUGUUAAUUUUUUUACAAUGUGAUUUUUCAAUUUGUAUUUGUAAUACAAGCAAGCAUUUGACUGUUUUUAUUGUGCCUUUGCUAUGUUGCGCUCAUGUUUAAUCAUGAUCAGUAUUCUCUUUCAAUUUGUCCUCUCAUUGCCAAACUAAUGAGUCAAAAUGUUUUCAUUGUUGUUUCAUAGAAAUUGUGCUCAGCUAAUUUCUUAGGUCACACAGUCAUACAUUAGUGGAAUACUUAAUAAGUUUGUAUAAUAUAUUUUGGUCUUUAAUUUCAGUGACUCACAUUUGCAUCACUACUGCACUCUGCACAACCCAAAGUCCACAGUGAAGUAUAUUUGCCAAACAUUCUUUAAAAUAUUGUACCUUUUUCACUGUGGGUCUUUGUUAGUAGUUAUAAGACACUAGAUAGCAUGUUCAUCGAAUGCUAAAUAUCUAAAAUUGUGGACAAAAAUAAAUGAAACUAGAACAGAA